CACACAGACACUUGGAUGAAGAUGCACUGUGGACGUGUCCUGUUGUUGUUGAUGGGUCUUCUCAGACAUCUCCAGAUUCACUCAGCUCGCCCACACUGACUGAGAUCAUGUCAAGGCUGAACGUGCUAGGUUGGACCAUUCUGUUGCUUUCUGCAGGUGUGUUCAGUGAAGAGGCCGCAGAUGUGUGUGACACCAAACCGUGCCAGAAUGAUGGUGUGUGUGUGAGGCUGGGUGGAGAUUACAGAUGUCAGUGUUCCAAUGAGCCCCAGGAUGGGCACCUUUAUGGUGGCCAAAAUUGCACAGUGGCACUGCUGGGCUGUGAACGGCACCGGUGCCAAAACGGAGCCACCUGCUCUCCUUACCUCAGCAACGGACGCCACAGAUACAGGUGCUCCUGCCCAGAGGGGUUCACAGGGACACGGUGCCAGACGUCCACCACUUUUUCUUUUGACAGGAGCGGCUUUCUUCACGUCCAGAACCCAAUAGAGGACGGCUCGGUGACCCUGAACGUGACCCUGAGCUUCCGGACGGUCCAGAGCACAGCUACCCUGCUGCGGUGCCAGGUGGACGAACAGUUUCUCUCGCUGGAGCUGCGGGACGGCCGACUACGGCACACCCUUCAAGUCCAGGAUGUCCAGCUGGUCCUCCUGGAGCUGUCAAGGGACGUUUCAGACGGCUACUGGCACACAGUCCACGCCUUCCUGCACAGCAGCGGCCUGCUGGGGGUCAGUCUGCUCGAGCCGUCCUGCACUCCUGAGACCUGCCACAAGGAGGCGCUAGUGGAGGCAGUCGAGUCAAACUCCCUGGCGGAGCUGGGAUCCGGCCUGGCUGAGGUCCAGAACCUCUAUAUCGGCGGGACGGGGGAACAGCAGCAGACCCAUCACACUGGAGAUGAACUUGCCGCGGACCGUGGAGCUGCUGCGUUUUUCCUGGGCUGCAUGCGAGACGUACGGCUUCGUUCUCAGACGGUGGUCCCGGGUUCAGGGGUCAGGCAGGUGAACGUGAGUCUGGGGUGCAGUGAGAGAGACGCCUGCCUGGACGGUCCGUGUCAGAACAGGGGCAGGUGCAUCAGCCUGGGGUGGAGAAAGCACACCUGCGAGUGCCAUCGGCCGUACGAAGGAGACGACUGCUCAGAGGAGUACAUCGCCGCUCGCUUCGGAAAUGAGGACUUGGAGAGCUACGCUGUCUUCUCUGUGCCGGAUGAGCCUGGAGACUCCUUCACUGUGUCCAUGUUCGUGCGCACUCGUCGGCCGCAGGGUUUGCUCCUCGUCCUCUCCAACAGCACCAGCCAGUACCUUCGCCUGUGGCUGGAGGACAGAAAGGUCAAAGUUCAAAUCAACAACUUCGAAAGCCUGCUGGGCCAGGACAUCAUUAAUGAUGGCCACUUCCAUCUGGUCAGCGUGUUCCUGGAGCCGGGGAAGCUGAGCCUCGCUCAGUCGGCCAAACCCCAGGGCAGCGUGGCCAUCCGGAGGCUGGUGGUGCAGGCCGGAGAUACGGUUCAUGUGGGAGGCUUGCCAGACCGCAAAGCCUCUUUGGCCUUUGGGGGGUAUUUUAAGGGCUGCGUCCAGGACCUGCGGCUGGGCUUCAGGCGCCUGCAGUUUUACCCCAUCAACACCACGGUCAGCUCCUACAGCCCGGAGAACAUGGUGGAGGUCACCCGUGGCUGCACUGGAGAUAACUCCUGCAGUAAAAACCCGUGUCUGAACGGCGGAGUGUGCUACUCCAUGUGGGACGACUUCACCUGCAGCUGCCCUCCCAACACAGCAGGGCGGCGCUGUGAGCGGGUGAAGUGGUGUGAUCUGUCUCCCUGUCCCUCCACCGCGGCCUGUCAGACACACAGCCAGGGCUUUGAGUGUGCUACAAACGCUACCCUCCGUGACGGCAGCCCCGUAAUCACUCACAGAGGCAACGGGAAAAUCCGGCGGUUCCUCCAUAGUGUCUCCCUGAGUUUCCGCACAAGGAAGCCUAACGCCACCCUGCUCCACGCAGAGCGGGAGUCUGAGUUCAUCACCGUCUCCCUCCAGGACGGACUCCUGGUUCUGGAGCUGCAGGUCAGAGAGAGCGCCCCCUUGCUGCGAGUGCAGAGCCAGACUGCAGUGAGCGAUGGACAGUGGCACAGCGCCGUCCUGAGCAUGGACAAUCCAGCUCUGGAGAGCUCCACCUGGACUAUGGUUCUGGACCAGGAGAAGGCCUCAGUAUCCUCUGUAGCUUCUGGAGAUCUGGACUUUCUGAGAGAAGACGUGGACAUCCUGCUGGGCGGUUCGGGCCCUUGGGCGAAUCUGGAGGGGUGCUUGGGUUUGGUGGAGAUUGGCAGCCUUUCACUGCCUUUCUACAGCCAGACUGAGCUCAACCUGCCCAGGCCUCAGGAAGAGCAGUUUCUGAGGACUUCUGGAAGUCCAAGCUUCGGUUGCCAGGGAUCCAGAGUAUGUGACCCCAACCCAUGCCAGAACGGAGGCGAAUGCCAGGACCUCUUUGACCUGUUCCAGUGCCGGUGCCCAUCUCUUUGGACCGGCCAGACGUGCGAGAACACUGCCGCCUGCCUCUCGAACCCUUGCAUCCACGGGUCCUGCAGUGUGGUCCCUGAGGGUUACAAGUGCUUGUGUGAGUCGGGAUACACUGGUCAGCGCUGUGAGGAAGAGGUGGACAUGUGCGCGGGACACAAGUGCAGCAAUGGAGGCACCUGUCUCAGAGGGCUCAAACAAUAUGCCUGCCUCUGCCCAAGAAACACAACUGGACCUCACUGCAAAGAAAGAGUUCCAGAACUCCCCUGGUACAUCGACAGGAUCCCGUAUCCUAAGUUGCCGGUCUCCGUCUGCGGGAACGAGAGGUGGAAUUACAGCUGCUUUAAUGGUGGGAACUGCUCGACUUUGGAGGACACAUGUGACUGUCUGCCUGGUUUCACUGGACAGUGGUGUGAGAUGGAGCUGGACGAGUGCGCCUCCAACCCCUGUCUGAACGGAGGCUACUGCCGGAACCUCAUCAACAAGUUCCAGUGCAUGUGUGAGAUGAGCUUCGCAGGAGAACACUGUCAGAUCGACGUCAGCGACUUCUACCUCUACGUCUUCCUGCUGCUGUGGCAGAACAUCUUCCAGCUGCUGUCCUACCUCAUCCUCCGCCUGGACGACGACCCGGAGAUCGAGUGGAACGCUGCAAAUGACGAGUAGACCUGAGAGCCCAAACUACAGGACUGAGGCUGGAGAAUGUGGGCCCUAAUAUGUGUGUCUUGGGGUGGUCAAGUGGUCAUUGUAAAAUACAGGGAUGUCUUGAAUAGAAGUACACUCUUAAAAAAGAUGGUUCUUCAAAGGUUCUUUAGUAAAGACAGUGGUUCUAUAUAGAACCAUCAGCA